AUGUCUUUGUUUGGCCGUGCGGUGGUCACGGCGUUUGGUGACCGGCUGCCUCCUCUGUGGAGCACGCUUGUGGACUUGGGCGCCACAGUCUGGGUUGUGAGUGUGUGCAUGUCCUCUCCUCUGGUAGUUGCUCAUUGUCAUCCUUUAUUGGUUGGCCCUGUGCCAAAGCUGACCAUCAAAAACUGUUGCUCAGGACUUCGAGUUGCAGUUAAGGACCAGCCAAUAAUCCUCCUGGCUCCUCACCCUCCUCCGCUGUUCGUGCGCACGUGUCUUGCGUUGGCCGGCACGAUGUCCAGUGCGGUCCCAAGCGGGGGCCGCCGCCCCAAGAUAAUGAAAUUCGUGGUUUUUGUCUAUCAUUGUCCUCAUACACAACACUACCAACUGUGCAUGUCUUCACGGUGCCGUGAAAGGACGCACUUGAUUUCGCCCACGCACCAGCACUGCUGUGGGGCUGUCUUCUGCGGAGCGUUAUGGUGCGCUCCGACUAAUCGGCGUUCAACAGGAGUUGAUUAA